UCGGGCCAGUUCUCGAAGCAAUUACUAUCUUAUCGAGGGCGCUGUCGCGGGUGGCCUAUAAAAGUAGAGGAAUUGCCGGCAAUCGGGCAAAGAGCUAAGUGCCAGCAACAUGUCCGGAAUCCCACCAGCCACCUUCACGGUAAUCGCAGGUAGUGCAGCCCACAAUCAGCGACGCAAGAAUCAGAAUCACCAGAAGAGUCAGCAGAAGAAUUCGACUGAGGCCCAGACACAGACACAGGCCGGGUCGAAGGCAAAUAGUUGCCACAUUGCUUAGAUAUAGUAACUAUCUUAUCUGUACAAGGAUUUAACGCAUGAAAAUACAUUUCCCAUGACAUAAACACCGAGUAUAAAUGGGGCCGAACAAAGAAAUUGGGGUUUCAGUUAAUGGGCAAAACGAAAACGAGACGGAAUACUUAAUCGGCGACAAAAUGAAAACGACAAUUGUGGAGGAGCGGAGUGUUAACGAAACGAUAGAAACGAUAGCCACCAGUAGUGGCACGGUCCAGGAGGAGAUCAUCGAGAUAGUGAACGUAGAUGGAUCUCCAGCCCCUAAGAACCGACAUCAUCAUCACCAUCACAGGCAUCAUCAUCACCACGAACGGCAGGAGAAUGUUGAGGUUGUGGAGACAGAGGAAGUGAUUCUUGUGGAGAGUGGACCAAAACCCCGAAAGCACCAUCACCACAAGCAGAGGACCUCACCACCACCACCCUUGCCGCAAACAUCACCACCAUUCCUCACACCCACCGAAGAGGUGGGUUUCAAUGUGGUCUGGGAACCCCAAGCCUACUGGAACCAGGCCUCGCCCAAUCCCUCCACGGAUCUGGAUCUCUCGCCGGAGAAGGAUGUUGUGGAUACAGAGGAGAUUCUGGACACAACUUCGGCUUCAGAUGAGUUCACAACUGUUGUCUGGCAAUCGGAGACGAAGGAAUCAUAUAGGGAAACCCAAAAACACACCCGGGUAGUGGAGGAAGAAAUCAUAAUUGACCAGCAGGAUCCUCCACCGUAUGCACCUCCCCAACUCCAAGUGCAGACGGGAUUCUUCCCAGUGGCUCAGCAGCCUCCCCUUUCUCCCAUUGCAGAGGUGGUACAAGCCGAUGUUUUUGUUGAGUCAGUGAAGUCUUCUCGGCCGCCAACAGGUUAUAUUCCGAGAGUGAGUCUCAACCCAACGGAAACUGUGGUUGAGAAUGUCCAGGUCGUAGUUUCCGCACAGGUUCAACAGGAACCGGAAUUCAUUCCACAACCCGGAUUUGUGGCUAGAAUUGUGGAGAACAUAGAAGUUGCUGCGGCAUCCGUUUCCUCGCAGGCUCCAGCUCCAAAAAGUUACUAUCCUCGGCUGGGUUUGGUGGAAGAUAUUGAAGUUACAAGUGAAGCCUCCCCCGUGCUGAAUGUAAAUCAGAGUGGUUAUACUCCUGGAAAUGUGGUUGUGGAAUCAAUUGUGGGAAAUAUUGAAGCAGAUUCUCCAUUUCUUCUUCCACCAAAUGGAUUUGAUACUGAUGAAACUAUUGUGGAGAACAUUGAAGUAUCUGCAGAAGUUGAUGAUUCUCCAUUUCUCUUGCCAGCUGAUGGCUUUGACUCUACGCCAGUCUCUGUAGAAUCGAUUGUUGAGAAUAUAGAAGUCAUACCAUCCCAAACUGUUUUACAAGUACCAGUACAAAGUAAUGUUACUGGAGGUUUUGUGGAAUCUGUGGUAGAAAACAUAGAAGUCGUAAAAGAAGAUCCCCCGAUCCUACUUCCAGUACAAAAUGUUUAUACUCCCCAGGCUGGAAAAGUGGAAUCAAUUAUCGAAAAUAUUGAAGUAACAACAGAAGUGCAACCUCUUUAUAGACCACAAGUACAAAGUGCAUAUCCACCUCGAUCUGGAUUCGUGGAGUCAGUUGUGGAACCCGCAGUUUUCAGUGGCUUAGCCAAUCAAACAGGCUUAGUAGAAUCGAUUGUGGAAAACAUAGAAGUGACAGAAGAAGUGGAUUCCCCUGUCCAAACUCCGGUUCAAUUGCGAUUUCCACCACGAUCAGAUUUUGUGGAAUCGAUUGUGGAAAACAUUGAAGUCACGGAAGAAGUGGAUCCUCCCCUACGACCACCACUUCCACUUAGUUUUCCUCCUCGUACAGGCUUCGUAGAAUCGAUUGUAGAGAACAUAGAAGUCACCGAAGUUAAUCCUCCCUAUCAACCCCCGCAGCAGAUCGACCUUAUUCCUGAAACUGGCUAUGUUGAAAGUAUUGUGGAGGAUAUUGAAAAAACACAGCCCCAACCGCCUGUAAUUCAGGAAACCAUUGUGGAAGAGAUAGAAGUAAUACCCAAUCCCCCACGGCAAUCUAUAGUGACCACCAAUUAUAUACCCCGCGCAAGUUUGGUCCAAGAAUUGGUUGUGGAGUCACUGGAAGUAACGCCGACAUCAUCACCUCCACCAGAGCAGUUUCCCUUUAUUUCCCGGGAAAGCCUAAUCGAAGUUGAUGACUAUGUGGAGGUUGAGGAGGUCACCCCCUAUAAUACGGCACCACAUAGUCCGACGGUUGAGGUGGAAAGAUUGAGCGAAUCCGAGGCUUAUGUGGAGAUUAUGGAAGUCACACCAGUUAAUUCCCCACCAAGUAGUCCACCAUUGCAGAGGCCCAUACAAGGGGGAUUCCUUCCCAGGCCAAGCCUGGCAGAAACUGCUGUGAUUGUGGCAUCACUGGAGGUUACCCCAACUCCCACACCUCCACCCAGUCCACCACUGAAACUCAGAAUACCACCAUCGAAUGUGAGACAGUCGGAGGUGAUUGUAGAGUCCAUGGAAAUUACGCCACUUCAAGCACCACAACCUUUUAUGCCACCAGUAAAACCUCUAAAUGGUUUUAUCCUAACUGAUCUGGUAAUAGAUGAUCCUCCCUUCGUGGAGGUGGUGGAAAGGGAAGUAGUUGUAGAGUCUGCCAACAAUGGGCAAGUAACUGAGGUCAUAGAAGUCACCGAAGAUAUCAUACAACCUGCCACACCCAUGGAAAUUGUUUUAGUGGGUGAAGUUUCCGAGCAAAGUAACGACAAAUUUGGCAAGCGAUACUCCCUGAGUGCAGCCCUGGCCGAGGGACCGCAGCAGGAGCAGGGAAUCCAGGAAACCAAUCAACCUGCUCCAAUCCAAAAACGAGAUUCACCCAACGAACCACCGAAGCGAAAAUGCUGCCACUGCAAAUGCAUCAUUUCCUAAAUCAAAAGAUCAGGGGCUUUCCCCAAGCCUGGGAAUGUAAGCUCCGCCUAUCGCAUAUCUAAUCAGCGGAAACAGAAGCCCCCCCAAAAAAAUCACAGUAAUUGAUAGUUAAUUACCAGCGGACACUCGAGGCAAGGCGGAGAUAAGAGCCCAAUUCAAG